UUUCUCCCGAAAUACUUUGUUACAGGACACCCAUCAGAGGUGACAUGACGUGCAUAGAUUCUUGUAAUAAGGAACUGAAAGUGCUAUUAUAUACAUUUCACAAAGUAGGUCCUUCCACUAGUUUUGUCUCAAAGCGACUAUUAAUAAGGGAGGUGUUUUGGAUCCUCAUUAGAAAGCAAGUAAUUGCAAGAGUGUUGUCAUGGUGCUCUAUCAGAAAAGUGGUAGCUCUGAAGAAAUCAUGAAAAUGGACAUGGAAUUUGAAAAGAAGACGACUUUACACAAAGAUCGUUGUAGCAGGAAAACUGGCAUCCUCCUAAUUCUAGGAGUUUGCAUGAUUGUCUUCAUGACCAUGACUUUUGUCAUCUUUUUGCAUCAACAAAAAAAAUUCUCGAUGUUGGAGAGUUGGAUGAACAGUCAGAGUUCAAAUCUGACUUCAGUCAAUCCUGAUCUUCAGAAAACAGAGCGUCAGGAUGUGUUAUACACUGAAGUGAAGAGUUUGAGUUCUGCAGUAUCAGCGCUGACAUCCAAACUAAAUGAUACAGUUAGCAAUCAGGACCAGAAACAGACUGAAACAAAACAAUUAUUAGGCAAUUUGAGCUCAUCUGUUACAUCUCUACAGUCUGAUCUUCAAAAGAAGCAGCGUGACUUUGAGUCUCUGUCGAGCUCACUGAAUGACCUGAAGAGUUCAGUUUCAGAUCUCUCUUCUUCUGUCUCAACUGUUUCUUCUCAACUAUCAUCAGUCAGCAUGAAAGAUGUGUCACAAACUGACAUAAAGAGUUUGAUGAAUAAUCUGAGUUCUGCAGUGUCAGCGCUGACGGUGCAGCUGAAUGAUGCAGUUAACAAGCAGGACCAGAAACAGAGUCAAACAGAAAGAUCACUGGACAGUCUGAAGACAUCGGUAGAGUCUGAUCAACAAAACAAACAACGUGACUUCGAGUCUCUGUCGAGCUCACUGAGGGACCUGAAGAGUUCAGUUUCAGAUCUCUCUUCUUCUGUCUCAACUGUUUCUUCUCAACUAUCAUCAGUCAGCAUGCAACAGCAGGAUGUGAAAAGCUUGAUGAACAGUUUGAAUGUUAUAGUAUCACCACUGACAUCUACACUAAAUGAUGCAGUUAAAAAGCAGGAACAGAAACAGAGGGAAACAGAAAGAUCCCUGGACAGUUUGAAGUCUUCUGUACAAUCUGAUCAACAAAACAAACAGCGUGACUUGGAGUCUCUGAAGAGCUCAUUGAGGGACCUGAAGAGUUCAUUGUCAGAUCUCACUUCUUCUUUCGCAUCGAUUUCCUCAAAACAACAAACCUCUGAGGAAAGAGUCAUGAACGCUCUGAAGGAGCUGAUGAAUAAAAUGAGCAACAAAACAGCAGACGUCUCUGUGGCCGUCUGUAAAUCUGGCUGGAUCUUGUACAAAAGCAGCUGUUUCUUGUUCUCUAGUAAUCAACUCACCUGGUCAGAGGCACGAGAUUACUGCAAAGCUCAGAAUGCAUUACUCCUGAAAAUACAAGACGACGAUGAGGAGUGGGCCUUUCUGAACAAUCAAACCAUGCCCACAGGCUUCUGGGUGGGUCUAACUGAUCAGACCACAGGACGGUGGCGAUGGGCGGAUGGAACUCGUUACAUCAUGAAUAAAGAGCGCUGGAAUCCUGGGCAGCCGGAUGACUGGACAGACCAUGGUUUGGGAGAGGGAGGAGAGGACUGUGGACAGAUAACAUAUACUGGGAAACUAAAUGACAACCACUGCUCUGUCAAAAUGAGAUUUAUUUGCAGAGUGUAAUCCUGAACCUCAAAAGGUCUUUGAUGAAUUGCAGUCAAAAUGAGAAGGAAGAUCAGAUCUCCUCAGAUCUCUCAGUAAUCUCUUUAAUCUUAGCAAUUCUUGCUUUCUUUAUCUUUUAAUAAAAAAACAAAUAUUUCA